GCGGGUAAUGCCGCGAGGGAGCAACACCCUCUGUGUAUAAGAUACAAGGGGUGGGAAAACCCGCAUCCUCCGAUGCUACCAGGCCAAUUUGUCGUUCAAUCAUUGAAUGCAGGUACGGUUCAACACAUAUAAGAUUGCGCUGGAAACAAGGGGCACGGUACAUUCAAGUCCCGUGCGAAUCCGGAUACCCUUCCUCUCUGAUCCAGCGAGUGCUUUUAUAUGAGGAUUGGACGCUGCCGCAGAAUUUCUACUGUUCAGCGAGGUAUCCGGUUCAGCGGGAUGUAGCGGUAGAGUGCUAUGGAGUCGCUUUAUCGUUCAUGUAGGGGGGUUAGUUAGCCGUAGUAGGCAGAUAGAAGGGGGGGACAACAAGAAGAGGAAGAGUAUGAUACUCGAGUAGAUGGAGGAGGGGGCAAGGAAGCAAGGGACCUUGCAUGAAGCGGUUGUAAUAGCACCGGGCAACUGGAGCGAUAGACCGGGCAGAAUUGCGUGCAGCUCGCCGGGCUCCCAUAUGCACCUAGGGAAUUUUUACCGUCGCGCGUCGAGAGCCUAAGGGUAGAGAUAUCGUAGCCUAUCGCUGCGAAUGGGAUCACGCAACCAUAUCGUCCCUAAUCGAGGGAGCUCCAAUUAGCACCCAGCUGUAGCCAUGAAAGAAACUGCCGUUACCGUAAGGGAGAGAGUGCUUAUAUACAAAGUCAACGGCUCAUAUUCCUGAUCCGCCCUCCUUCUUUCUUCUCUCAUUUCUUUCCUCUCCAGUCCCACCCCCAAUUCUACCUUUGAGUUUCGAGAAGCCAUUGGAAAGGAUUCGCUGGAAGGGAAUGGGUACCAACGCCAAUGAGAUCAUGGGGGGCAUAGAAACCCUCCCGCAAGAGGAGAAACAUGGUUUCGAUGAGAAACACAGGGCUAGGGAUGAGGACGACAGCAUUGCAUCUGAGCCCGAUUGGGAUCCCUUCACCCCGUUUCCUAUCGUGGAGGGAGCCCCGGAAGAAGCUCGCUCACAGAUUCUCACUAUUCGUGCGGUUGUUGUUGGGUGUAUCCUAGGAGGUUUGGUCAAUGCCUCCAACGUUUAUCUAGGUCUGAAAUCCGGAUUCACCUUUGCGGCGAAUUUGGUUGGAGCCAUCUUUGGUUUUGCUAUCUUGACAGCAUUCAGCAAGACGCUCGGUCAGAACUUCCCCAUUCUUGGUGGCUCGUUCGGGCCGAAGGAGAACUCCAUUGUUCAGACUGCUGCUACUGCUGCCGGUGGUCUCGGCGGUAUCUUUGUGACUGCCAUUCCGGCUCUGUACCAAUUGAAAUUGCUCAAGGACCCUGUGUCGGAUUUUCCCCGUUUGAUCACUUUCACCAUUGUCUCGGCGUACUAUGGGUUGUUUUUCGCUACUCCUUUGCGGAAGUUUUUCAUCAUCCAUACUGCGAGGGAAUUGAAGCUCUACUUCCCCACGGCAACCGCCACGGCAAUGGCCAUCCGCUCUAUGCAUUCCCUUACCGGGGCUGCGGGAAGGGCUUCGAAGAAGAGGACCAAGGCACUAUCUAUAUCAUUUCUCGUUGCAGUUAGCUUCCGUGUUGGGUCUUCUUAUGUUCCCGGCGUUUUGUGGGAUUGGCAUAUCUCCACUUGGUUCUUUGUUUGGUCUGGAUACACAAACCAGGCCCUUGCCAUUGAGAACUGGGGCUGGAUCUUUGAAUGGACUCCUGCAUUUAUCGGAAGUGGAAUGCUUGUUGGUCUUAACCCUGCUAUUUCGUUCUUCGCUGGUUCCGUCCUUGCUUGGGGUAUCAUUGGCCCUACUCUUGUACAUAACGGCAUGGCAUAUGGCGUUCAAAUGUUUUCGGAGGGGGAUCCAGGAUACGAAAAGUGGAAGGAUUUAGUUAGCUUCUAUUCCUUCAACCUAAAGGAUCCCAUCAACCAUCCUUCCCCCCGGUACUGGCUUCUCUGGCCCGGUGUACUUGUGAUGCUUGCUGCCUCCUUCGCCGAACUUUUUGUGCAGUACAAAUUAAUCUGGUUCGCUUUCAAAUCGGCCUGGAAAGGAAUUGCAAUGGGCCUCAACACGAGCGUAAGAAAAUUUGGCAGGGAGAUCCCAUUCUUCGAAAAACACUCCCAGAUUGAGGUGGAGGACUUGGUUGAGGACCCCGCAUCGGAAGAUGAACAAGUCAAACUCUGGCAAUGGGGCCCCGCACUAAUCGUCACUAUUAUUGCAACCUGCAUUGUCCUUGGCCUGCAGUAUCACUUGAACGUCGGCAUGUCGAUUCUCGCCAUUCUCCUAGGUUUCAUCUUCUCGUUCUUGGUGAUUCAGUGUACAGGGGUAACGGAUGCUACCCCGUUGACCACGGCUGCAAAGGCCUCCCAACUCAUCCUUGGUGGUGCAUCAUCGGGUGCUAACCUCCCGCAAGCUACUGCUGAAAGACUGAAUCUUAUCGGAGGAGCCAUCGCAUCAGGAGCUGCAUCCCAAAGUACUGAUCUCACAGCUGACUUUAGGGUCGGCUUCCUCCUCCGUACCCCGCCAAUUUUGCAAUGGUACGCGCAAGCGAUGGGUUCUGUUGUCGCAAUGUUUAUGUCCCCAGGAAUUUUCAUCCUAUUCAUGAAGGCCUACCCCUGCGUUGUAGAUCUCGAGGCUGAGAAAUGUACCUUUUCCGCCCCAUCAGCCGCAGCCUGGCGUGCCGUUGCAAUCGCCGCAACAAACCCAACCAUACCAAUCCCGAAAUCUUCCGGCAUCUUCUCCAUUCUCUUCGCCAUCCUAGCAGUAAUCAUGGUCCUCGUGAGGCACAACUACCUUACAGGACACCGUGAGAAGUACCGAGCAUACGUACCCAACUUUAUGACCAUGGGUCUCGCUUUCGUCCUUCCACAAACGCAGUACGCUACUGCUAUGACGACUGGCGCUUUCGUUGCUUACUUCUGGGCCAAGAGGAAUCCUGCCACCUUCGAUAUCUUCGCUUACGCUAUUGCCGCUGGUAUGAUGGCUGGUGAAGGGUUUGGCGGGGUGGUUAGUGCUAUUGCUGAGAUUGCAGGGUUCGGGUCAAGUGUUCACGGAAUUGCUACUGGAUGUCCUGGAGAUAUUUUUUGUGGUUAG